AUGGAGGUGGAUGAACGAAACACGCCAACCGUCGUCCUUCAAACAGCUAUAUUUGCCUUGGUGAUGGUCCUUUCACUUCUUGGAAACUCUAUGGUCUGCUAUGCUGUGCGCAGAAGCCCAAGUCUUCGUAGUCCGAGCAACUACUACAUCAUUUCCCUGGCACUAACCGAUAUUUUCCAAGCUCUGUUCAUUAUGCCGUUAUCUGUUGUUUUUCUAGCUACUGGGAAAUGGCCUUUUGGAUCGCAUCUGUGUCAUUUCGUAGCCAUCACAAAGAUAUCCCUGGCAAAAGUCUCAACGUUUACCAUGGGUCUGAUGGCGUUGAAUAAAUAUUACAAGAUAGCGAAGCCAGCCAAAUUUCCAAGUAUUUUCACCAAGAAAUUCAUCAUUGCCUCAGCAUUGGUAGUAUGGUUGGAACCCUUUGUGUUCUUUCUCCUUGUAGUCUUUGCCGUCAAUUUCGGUGUGAGACCAAUCCUAGGCUUCGCCACCUGCGUCAUCGAUUUAAAUCCCUUAGCUCUGCCUGUCUACAUAUUCCAAACCUACUCCCCUUAUUGCGUCAUUGGGUUUUGCUACUGGAAAAUUUACCGAUUUGUGAGGAUGCACAAUGAAAGCGUAUCAUGGCAAAGUGCCAAUGUGAAACAUAUUAACGUCAGCAAAACCUUGUUUGUUACUGUCGUCGGAUUCGCAAGUCUUUGGGUGCCUGCACACGCCAUGUUUAUCAUGUCAAUUUUAACAUCAAUUCCCCGUCAGCUUGAAAUUCUUGUGACACUUUUAGCGUUCACAUCCAGUUGUGUAAAUCCUUUCAUUUAUGGCUUUAUGAAUCGCGCAUUCAAAAUCCAAUUCAAAAACAUAUUUGCGCCACGAAAUACUAACUCGAUAGCCGCAGAAUCUGCCGGCCGACAUUAG